CUCUUUUUAUUAUUAUUAUCAAACUUUUCCCUCCCCCAUUUCCGUAUUCCAAAUCUUUGUGUUCACACUUUGUUCACACCGUUAAAACCCGAUUUCAUAGACUUUCUUGAUUUUUCUUUACCCCUUUUUCAUUCCUUAUAUCAAACUCUCCCUUCUCUCAAUCCAACAAACAAACCCAUCAUUUCUCUUCUUUUCUAUUUGUAUGUACAGUUCAUCUUUUGCUUCAAUCUUCAACUUUUCUUCGAAUUAUGAAUGACACCACCACAGCAACCACUCAUAGUAUCAGGAAACGGAGGCGAAAAGAUGAGAAAGAUCAUCGCGUUAAAAGCGAUGAGUUUGAACAUGAUAAGAAAUCAUUUCGCGAAGAUGAUGAUGGAGAAGAAGGAGGGAAGAAGAAAGACUUAAAGGGUAUUAUUACUUCAUUGAUAUUGUUGGAAGAACACGAGAAGGGCAUUGAAGAAGAGCAGAACAAAGCCUCUGCUGAAGCUAAAUCACUCUUCGACACAAAUCACAAGAAGAAGACCAAAACCAUGUUGGAGUAUUACUCCGAUCUUCAAGAUUACUAUUCAGAAGAAACUGAACAUAUAAAUAGAAAGAAGACACGCGUUCUCGCCUCUUCCGUUGCCACCAUCGCUGCCGUUGCUGAAUCAGAUAAUCUACAAAAGUCUGUCAAGCAAGGAAGCGGUGGGCCGGGCACGGCCCAGCACAGGCGUUUGUGGGUCAAAGACCGGUCAAAGGCUUGGUGGGAUGAGUGCAAUAGUCCUGAUUACCCAGAAGAGGAGUUCAAGAAAUGGUUCAGAAUGAGAAGGCAAACUUUUGAUAUGAUAUGCGAAGAGCUGAAUUCUGUUAUUGCCAAGGAAGAUACAACUUUGCGGAAUGCAAUUCCUGUGAGGCAAAGGGUUGCCGUUUGUAUCUGGCGACUUGCCACUGGUGAGCCACUUAGACUCGUGUCAAAAAGGUUUGGUUUAGGCAUUUCAACUUGUCAUAAAUUGGUUCUUGAAGUUUGUACAGCUAUUAGGAGUGUGUUAAUGCCAAAGUAUUUACAAUGGCCGGAUGAAGAGGGUUUGAGGAAGAUUAAAGAAGAGUAUGAAGUCAUGUCCGGGAUACCAAAUGCGGUUGGUUCUAUGUAUACCACACAUAUUCCUAUUAUAGCGCCUAAGAUUAGUGUUGCAGCUUAUUUCAACAAGAGGCAUACUGAGAGGAAUCAGAAGACUUCGUAUUCGAUUACGGUACAAGGUGUUGUGGAUCCGAAAGGGGUUUUUACUGAUGUAUGCAUUGGUUGGCCUGGUUCGAUGCCUGAUGAUCAGGUGUUGGAGAAGUCUGCCUUGUAUCAAAGAGCAAGCGGGGGUCUUUUGAAGGGAGUGUGGAUUGUUGGAGGUUCAGGGUAUCCCUUACUGGAUUGGGUGUUGGUACCUUAUACACAGCAGAAUUUGACAUGGACCCAACAUGCCUUCAAUGAGAAAAUCGGGGAGAUUCAAAGGGUUGCUAAGGAUGCAUUUGCGAGGUUGAAAGGAAGGUGGAGCUGUUUGCAGAAAAGAACAGAGAUUAAAUUGCAGGACCUGCCAGUGGUUCUUGGGGCAUGUUGUGUGCUGCAUAAUAUAUGUGAGAUGAGCAAUGAGGAGAUGGAUCGAAGCUUGAAAUUUGACCUUGUUGACGAUGAGAUGAUCCCCGAUGUUCCUCUGAGGUCAGCCAGCUCAAUGAAGGCUAGAGAUGCCAUUGCUCAUAAUCUUUUGCACCAUGGCCUUGCAGGCAAUGCAUAUUUAUAGUUGAAUGGAGUUGUGUUUGUUCAUUUGAUGAGAAUAUGAUUCUUUUGUUAAUGAAUUAUCAUAGUUGUGUAUUCAUCCUAAUUUGAUGAAGGGGCUAUCUAAACAUUACAUAUAUAUAUUUGCCCCUCCUUCAAAUUGAUGAACAUUGCUAGUCUUACAUAGCUUUUAAGUUUAUACCCAAAGAUGACAAACAAUGUAGCCUAGGUUCCAUACUCCAACAAGAAAUAAAAAGAUGAAUGAAAUUUAACAUUAUGAUA